AUGGUGAUGUCUGAAAUCUUCAUGAAACAGCCAGUGAGUUCUUUGUUCGUAACACGUCAUAUUAACAGCAAUAUUGUCAUCGAGUUCUAUCUGCUUUUCGUACAGGUUGCAGCUGAGCUGAGCCCUCGAGGGAUGCGCAAGUGUGCUGAGAAAAGGAUUGACAUGAUAAUUGAGUGCUGGGCAGGUGUUAUCGAGGAACUAAUGAGCAAGGGACAUCAGCUGGAUGCAAUAAACUUUGCCUAUGAGGCUGGCCUUCAGGACAAGUUUACUCCUGUUUCACUGCUAAAAUCCUUCCUGAAAGACUCAAAUAAAGCAACUUCAACCUUUGAGGAUCACAACGGUGGUGGGCAAACCACGAAUUACACGUGGGCCGCAAGGAACAGUCAAUUAAUUAUUCGGGCUGCUAUAAAAUGUAUUCAAGAACACAAGCUUGAAGCCGAGUUUCCAUUAGAGAGCCUUCAGAAGCGACUUGAACAAUUGGAGAAGGCCAAGGUGGAGAAGAAAAAACCUUCUGGUGGUGGUCCUGCAGCUCCUGCCAACAAGCGAACACGAGCUAAUAAUGGGGGACCAAUGCCUCCUGCCAAGGCUGGUCGGCUAACAAACACUGUGCACGUCUCCUCCCCUGCUGCUCCUGCCUUUGUACGGUCACCAUCUGCCCAUACCACAUACCCUGCGGCAGCACCUUAUCCUUAUGAUAGUCCAGCAGGGCACGGUGUCUAUGGUAGCAGGAGCCCUCCGGUCAUCAGGGACUCCUAUGGAUAUCCAGCCGAAGUAGGCCCUGUCGCACUUGGUGCGCCAUACCACUCACCACCUAUGAGUUAUCCAGUCUAUGGAAAUUACAAUCCCUUGGGAGGAUACAACAAUGGAGUGGCACCAGGCUAUCAACAGGCUUACUACAGGUAGGGUUGGUAUCAAGACUUCAACAAGUUGACCUGGCUGGAUGACAUAAUCACUAAUAACUUGUUUGCUUAUUAGU